AUGGACAUGGAUCAUUUGAUAGGCCAGAGGUUCAACCUCAUCUCCAAAAGUGAAAUCCGCUAUAUUGGUACCCUCCACGAAAUCAACCCCGAGCAGUCCACGAUCGCUUUGGAAAACGUCUACUCGUUCGGUACCGAGGAUCGCAAAGUCGAGAAAUUCAUCCCUCCUUCGCAACAAAAGUAUGGCUUUAUUGUCUUUCGUGGGAACGAUGUCAAGGACAUCAAGAUCGCCGAAGAUGAACAACCACAACCCUCCCCACCGCCCAACAUGCCGAACGAUCCUGCUAUCCUGAACGCGUCUCAACCAGGUCCAGCACCUGGUGGUCCACCGCGUGACAAUCACUUCUCUCCUCCUGGAUACCCUCCACAUCCUGCCUUUGGCGGCUACUAUCCCCCUGGUCAGUUUGGCAGGGGAUAUGGGCCUCCUCCAGGAGGGUUCGGUCCAGGACCAGGAUUUUCACCUUACGGUCCUCCUCCACCUGGCUAUUUUGGCCCACCUGGAGGCCAGGGUUUCCCACAAGGACCUGGCCCUCAACAUUUCCAACCUCCUCCCCCAAUCGGUCCUCCAGGGCAGCGCAAUAUUCCACAACCUCAGCUGCCACCUCAAUCCACUCCUGACUCUCACCCUUCCGCGCCCGCCGCACCUAGCAAUCAGACAUCCGAGCUACCAGUCGACAACAAAGCUCCUCAAGCGGCUUUCCCCACAGUCGGGAAAGAUGCUCAAGCAUCAGGCCCUCCUCAGCUCAAGCCCACACUUGCUGAAGUUGCUGCCAGAGCACAAAAACAACCGAGUGCCGGACAGGCACCUUCCGCCAAAAUCGCCGCACCGGGCCCCUCGAGAACCAACAAAGUCGCACCCGCUAUACCCUUCACAGUCAACCAGAAAUCAUUUACACCUGUUGCCGCACCUGCUGCGGACGGGCCACCAACGAAUGGCGCCCCCACGAAACCCUCGAAGCCUGUCUCCUCACAAGCUGCAAUGGAUGAAGCUGCUCGCCAAGCGAAGGAGGCAGUCGCCGCAGCUAUGGCCAAGCUGAAUCCUCAGGCAGCCACGUCGCAGCAGGCAGCGCCAGCAGCUGCUGUUGAUGCUUUGACGAAGAAGGUGGCAGAAAUGUCAACCUCGAAUGCUCCAACCGCACCAGCACGAGGCGGAAGAGGUGGGCCUAGAGGUGGGCGAGGUGGCAACUAUGGCCGAGGCGGAUCGAGGAAGAUUGAAAUCCCCCAAUCCGACUUUGACUUCGAGUCUGCCAAUGCCAAAUUCAGUAAGGAAGAUUUAAUAAAAGAGGCGAUUGCGACCGGUUCUCCGCCGGUUGCUGGAUCCGAGGACAAUAUCCAUACAGACGGCGCCGAUACCGAUGCAGCUGCUUCGAGCACUCCGCAGAGAAAAGAUAGCGUGUCUACUGCCACAACCUACAACAGAUCCACGUCUUUCUUUGACAACAUAUCUUCUGAAGCAAAGGACAGGGAAGAAGGUAGUGGCGGCAAUGGCAGACAAGUUCGAAGCGAAGAGUUCAAGAAGAACGUUGAAACCUUUGGCCAGGGCAACGUGGAUGGCGGUUACCGAGGACGCGGCAGAGGCGGAUAUGGUCGAGGCCGACAAUACGGUGGCACAUAUCGUGGCGGCUACGGCAACCGUGGCGGAUAUGGAUCUCGCGGACAGCGAGGUCGGGGUGGACAGGGCCAGAUGCAGGGGCAGGCCCAGGCACCAGCCAGUCAAACCCCGACGCAGUCGUAG